AUGCAAAUGUUGCUAACAUGCUCGGGACAAGAAGACAAAGGUAAAAAAAUGGAAAGAAAGACUAAAACAAAAAUGGUCACUGACAGCUCUGAUGUUCAGUCACUCGGACGUUCAAAAACUUGGAUGGAUCAAAUGCCAGGGUUCGAAUACCCCAUCUUCCCCCCCAGCCCCCCCUCCCCACCCCGCCGACGCAUAUAACUGGUGCUGUCAAUCGAGCUCUCUAACCGAAUCUGCAACUUUCUUUUUCUUUUGUUUUCUGUCGAUGGAAUUUAUCGCCGAGUUACCCUAUAAAAGUCCAUGACUUAGUGGCCAGGGUGCUUUCACACAUUUUCCUGUCUUACUAUAAUAUUGAAAACCGUUUAAGAUCCGACGACGGCGACGGUAACGAGAUCGUCAAAAACUUAUAAUAGGGUUAAUAUUAAGAACAACUUUGCUCGUACACCCCCUUUUUUGUACAUUUUCUUUGCCGUCACUGCAUAUCUACGACAUGAAAAUGCCUAAUUUCAUGUUGUACUCAGGAAGUAAACAAGGACGACGAAAUUUUCUUAUUCUUUCUGAACUUGCAUAUGGAUCUUUGAAAUUCAACCCUAGGAGAGCUCCCUACAUUUGACAAACUAAGUAAGCUCAAUUAAUCGCGAUAAAGAUUGAAAGAACGUAAUUUCACUUUUUAAGCCGGACGUAUUCGCCAUCGUCGGAUCCCUUUUUACAUCUUGUAUUUACAACGUAUGACAUAAUAUUAAGUACCAAUAAACACUUCUUAAAAAUCUUAAGCUUGUUUCGUACAAAAAAAAAAAGAAUACUUGACUACUGAAAAUACUAGAUAGAAAACACUACGUUGCCCAGUUGUCAGGUUUAACCCUGAUAUAUAUUUCAGACAAAGAGCAUGUCGUGCUUCUGUCGUUUCUGUGGACGUACAAUUUCUCUUGUCAGAUCAAGCAAUCGCAAGGAGACAUGACACUGGAAAUAUACCCUUACCUGGAGUACUGACGCUUUCGUCCUUCCCAAUUUUACAGCAGACAAAUAAAACAAUUGUCUCUCUUCUUUCAUUCACAGUAGAUUUAAUGCCGAUGAAUAUGAUCUUAAACUGGUAGGUACAGUAAAAUUUUGUUUUCAAAAAAGGAAGUUAAAAAAUGUGCAGGUGCUGUUAAUUACACGGCUGUCAGCUAUAGAUCCUGGACAGUUAAAUGAGGUGCAAUUUGUCUACAUGCACGUUAUCGACAAAUAGCCCAUAACGUUUCAACAAUCAACUUCCUCUCUUUACUCAUAAAUUACCAUUCAUUCCUUUUAAAUAUUCAACAUCCAUUGAACAACAGGUAACAAAUUACAUAUUACAUAUAACUAGCAACUGGUAGGUUAUUAGUGUUUAGACAGAUGAACAGCCGUGGAGUAAACGGAAGUAAUAUGUACGUCACAAACUUUUCCCGCGUAGCCUGUUGCAGGCGCUCCGAUAGUGGAGUGACUGUGGGGCGCAAAUUGACAGGGGCACCCAACAACGGUUUCCUCCAAAAUACGUAGAGAAACACUUUUAAGGUUAUCCAAAGUCUUUUUAGAUCUCUAGAAAUGCAUUUCUAAGCGGCGCUACAAAAUGUUUAUCUGUUCGGUCAUCCUAGGGAACUUAUAUCUUUUUGAAAUUACGAGGGCUUCAGUAUUAUUUGUCGGAAAAUUUUAGGAGCAAUUUAACGUUUUACGAAAGUGAGAAUUUUUCUGGUUCCUCUCUCCAUCACAUUUUACAAUUUGAAAAUUUUAAUAGGUUUCCUUUUUCUACGAAAAAUGGUGUAACUUGGGUAGUAAAAUAUGAAAAAUUAAACUUUAGAAAAUCGUAGGGAAUUUAAUGGAUAUGCUUCGAAAAUUGUAGAUGAAUGAAACCUUAAUCUAGAAAUUUUUAGCCGUCCUCAAGCAAAAGAAAAGACCGAAGUCAGGGCAGUAUAAGCUUUAACAGCUCUCGAGCUCUAUUAUUACGCGGGUUCAACUAAACCUCCCCGCAAUGCGGGGAAUUCCUUAUUAACUUUGUUUUGAUGACGAUGAGUAUUUGUUUUCAACAUUCGCUAAGCUCUCUUGAGAAUAGAUAGAAUAGAUAGAUAUAUACAGGGCAUCAAUUUAAACUUCAAAUUUUGUUCUUUACGUUUCACUAUAUAUUAUUAGUACGUCUAGUUUCCUGACUGCGGCUUGGGAUAAAUAUAUUAUUUUUGCUUUUUAUUCUCUUUUUUAUUCCUUAUAAUCUUAAUUAAUGCGAAAUAAUAUUGAUGUUGUUGUUGUUAAGUGACAAACACGUAUUAAACAACAACGCUCUUAGUAGCGUGAGUCUCGCUUGCUUGGAGCCCAUGAGGCUUGAAGAUAAGCUUGUUGUCAAAGGCGGUGGUGCUGUUAUGCUACUUUUUCGUUUUGAAUACAAAACGAGUGCUCACACGGUGGGUGGCUCCUCCUAAAAUGUUCUGCAAUUGGUAUAGGAUUUAAUGGAGCCGAAACCAAUUGUGGAAUUGCACGCAUUUUAGGCAUCCUACUGAUGAACAGUUGGGACACGUAGAUAUAUUUUUUAGCAACUACUAUAAUUUGCAGUCUGUCUACUUUGAAUUUAUAUGUCAUAAUGUAAAUACUCAAAACGUAACAAUUGCAAGGAGAGACAGGCCGCACAUCCGGCUUAUUUUCACACCGGUGUGAAACCUUUGAAAACCUUUUACAUAUUGAUAUUGCUCGAGUGAGGAGAACUCUUACAGGGAAUUUACAUUCAAAUCAUUUCACGAUGAUUUUUAUCACUAUAAAUAUAUAUAUAUAGCUUCUAUCUAGCGGACCAAGAUACGGCUCGGUAUAGUUUUUGGUUCAGUUCAGGAAAAAUGUGUAAGUUUAGCAGAACGUUAAAUAUACAUGAGACAGUUAAAUAAUAAAUUCAGUUUGCGCGUAUUCCUGUUGAAUUUGUUGUCCGUUUUAUAAGAUGUCAAAAUCGCGUGAACGGACUAAGGUCAAGCAAGCUAAUUUUAAAAUAACACUUUAAUGUGAGCUUUUUCCAGUUCGAGGAAACAUUUGUCGACAACUAUAUAGCUAGUACGUAAAAUUAAGGAAAGGAAAAUAAUCCAUCAUUAAAAAAAAACGUGUGCAAAGAGCAUCGUCGAAAAUUGCCUGAUCUUAAGCUUAAACGUUUGGCAAGUUUUUUUAGAUAUCAAUCAGGUUGGCUUUAUAUAAACAGCAGCUGCAAGACGUUAAACCUCCGCUUUGUGAACAAAUUCAGUAUAUUUUCCUCCAGAUUCAAUAGCCAGCGGGAGAAAGUAUUCAAAGUUAAGGAUCAAAACGCGGAAAGCCGUUCCUCAGGUAUUUAGUUGUUUAAAGUAUGUGUUUGGCGUAACCAUUUUUGCUUUUAGCCAUGAGUUUUUUUAAGAUUGUAAAUUCAGCGGCAUCCAACGAUCGAAUGUUCCUCAAUGCGGUUGUUAGUGCCUUACAAUAUUUUCUCUGUGCUUUUGAAGCCUGUUUGGUUAAUUCGGAGCUGCCCUAAAAAAAACUAUUUAUCUCUUCCGAUGUCUUAGGGCAUCUUUGGUCGUCUUAAAGAGGUUUUAGGGGGGCUUUUUCGUCUCAUCCGAAACUGUUAGCUAACCUGAAUGGGUCCGAUCGAAAGUUCGAAGAAAAUGCGGUGGCCGUACGGUACUUUCAUUUGAAAAUUGAACGGGACGUUUUGUCUUUAUACCGAGAGUUUUAGACCUGGAGACCUUUUUUAAGCAAUAACCACAAUGUUUUGGUAAUAAAAUGCGAAAACAACAACCUCCGAAAAUAGUAGGUAAGUCACUAGGAAAAUUCAAAAUAUCUUAAUAUAAUUUUUAGGAAUAAAAUGGUAACAAGGGUAUUACAUAAUACCAAUUGAAAACAAGAACACGAAAUCGAAAUUCUCUUCAGUGUCCCACUCUGUUUUAUAACUCACUGAUGUUACAAGGAAAAAUUCAUGCUGCUCAGUCUUUGGGCUCAAAAGGGUUAAUGACUCGGUACUUACAUCUAUUUUCGUUUUCUUCAGACCGAUAACCUCCAUAAAGUGAAUCAUAAAUCGUUUUUGAUUAUCAUCAUCAACCUUCACUAAAUCACCCCUGGAAGCAGUGCACUCUUUUUGUGCACCUUUCCAGGUAUCUUUAUCAUUACCCUGCGAGCAGAGGCUCUUCGAUCUUCCUAGAUAAGCCUUAUCUAGGAAGAUCGAAGGGCCUCUGUUCUCAGGGUACUUUAUCAUUUGCUUUGUAGCAAGAUACUCCAUUGAGGAACCAAUCAGCACGACAGGCCAACGUACCUAAUUCGGGCAAUACUUACAGAAUGAACGCUUUGAACCCAAUAACAAUCCCUACUACUGUAUUAUUAUUAGGACGAAGAUAAAACAAAAUUGUAAUAAAUUAAAUAUAAAAAAAGAAGAUUUCGGAAAUUAAAAAGGUUUUUCGGUGUUGUAAUUCUAAUAUGUAAACUUUUGAACAAAUACAGGCGUGCGUGGCUGGUCAUGUGAAGUGUUAGCACCAAAAAUAUUUUCUUUCAUCCGGGUACAGACGGUUUAAAGGGAGUGCAAAACGAAACGAAAGCUAAAAAAGAGUAAAAUCCCGAUAUGAUUGAGGAGCCAUUCGUUAAUUUACAUGAGACAGCGCUAACGCUGGCCAUUUAAGACUUUUAGUGCCUUGAAGUGAUGAGGGUUGUCCAAAACACCCGCACAGUAACGGUCCGUAUAAGCCAUGUGUUGAUCCGUACGGACCGUAGGGAUCAAAAAAGGGGUAUACGGUCUGUAUCUUAUACCUAUGUUCUGGUUGCACCUGGUACGAUCCGUGAUUUCCCAUAAUUAUCAAUGUCAAGUUGAGUUCCCCACAGGAGCAACUCACCUUUCGAUCCCUCACAGUUCAUUUUCCUUGCAACAUGUGGAGAGUUAAUUUCCAGCCAUUUUUCAAGAUUUCGACGCAUUUAUAUUCAUAAACACCUUUUACAUGUUGCCGAGCCACUUGAUGGAAACUGAACUGUUAAAAGAUUCUCCAUUAUUCCAUACAUGUCCGCCUGUUUGAUGCCGAUACGCCAACCCAAUCCAUAUAGAAGUACGGUUUGUGUCUUUGAAAGACAAGUUAUGAACAAACUCCAUUUCUUUUUUAUUGGAUAUGCUUACCAGGUCUCCUCCAAGCCGAAAACACCCCCUUAAAGCUGUUGACCAGGCAAAUCUCCUCGGGUAACCUAACCUAUCCACAACCUUGUAGCAAAAACCCUCAAAUUUACUCCACUUAUCAGAACAUUGCAAAGCUAAAAAGGAUAAAAUUGAGGCAUCUGUGACUCUUGUAACUUAAACAAUAAUGAGCAAUUAUUGAAUGAGGCGGAGUAUGAUCUGAAGAAUUAUCAUAGUACAAUCUCGACAGGUUCGGGGGUAGUGUACAAAGGAAUGUUUCAGUAGUCUGGCAAGAGCAUAGGCGUACGGGAAAUUUUUUGCCGGGGGGGCGGUAGACCAUUUGCCCAAAAAAAUCUCGCAAGUUGCCCAAAUUUUUAUGAAAGAGUCGAAAAGAAAUGAGGGCCAUAUUGCAACAACGUAGGCCAUCCUGGCAUAUGAAGGUGGCUCGAUACGGUUUUUCAGGGUCAAUACCAAGUCUGAGCAUAAACUACUUCGCCAUAAACAAACAUUUGGAAAAAUUGCGACCACAGUUGUAUUAAGAUGAAAAUUUGUCAUCAUCAGGGUUGCAAUGACAUCGGAUCGGAGUUGUCAUAGCAACGAAAUGACUCCCCCCGCCCAUUACCUAUUUUACUUCAGCAAUGAUUUCCGGCACGGGAACCUUACAAAAUCGUUCACAGGAGCUUUUUUUCUCCAAUACGGUCGCCUCGAUGUUCGUGAAUUUUAAGCAAAACCUUAAGAGCGUUAUCGAGAUAUUUUGGAAUGAAGUUUUUAUUAUUAGAAAUACGGUAAGAACAGUAAAAUCUUGAUUUUUGGCCGUUAUCUGUAGAAAACGAAGCUCUUUUGACCUGCAAUUUGACCUCAUAGUAGUUUUAAUCUUUUUAAAAACAUGUGUGAAAGAACUUGGAGAUAGCUCUGCUUGAUUGCUAGAAUCGAAAGAAGGAUUGGAUUAGUAUGUAUCGAGACACUCUUGUUAGCGGUUUUGUAAACAUUUCGGUCUACUUUAACAAAUUAGCGAAUAAUUUUAAGCCGCUCGAUAGAUUUUUUAAAAGAAUUAAAAUUCUUCUCGUAAUUCAAACUGAGAAUUAGUCAGCCACUUCUUCAUUUUCAUACCCAUUGCUAAAUACUAUCUGCCAUACUCUGUUCUUCGAGUAGAGAUGAUUCGAGAAAAUUAUGCGAAAGUUUAUUUUAAUCAAUUCAUGACUGGAAAUAGCCCAUUCCAGCUAGUGCAGAGCAGUAUAGUGCCCAACAAAAAAAACUGCAAAUAUGUAAAUUACUUAUCACAUGCUAGGCAACCACUGUAAUGUAACUGGAUUAUUACGCCGACUUCAUGUUAAUAUUCAGGUCUUUUAAAUUAUUAAAUAAACAUGGCGACGUCUUUAAAAACUGGCUUUGCCCAAAUUUUCUCUCGCUGCCCAAAAAAUCUGAGUUGCCCAAAAUUUGGGGGGGCUGCAGCCCCCCUCGCCCCCCCGGCCCGUACGCCUAUGGGCAAGAGGAAUGACGUGAACAGUCCGGUUGUGAUCAUUAUGGCAUCAGAUAUAUGCUCUAAAAAGGCGUUUAAGUGUAGCGUAAUAUUUUCUCGAUCAAUGAUAAGUCGGAGAAAAAACUAGGAAAGCCUUGUGGUUAUCGGAAUACUACAAGGAAGUCGUACUAUUUAGCUUUUCAUAUCAAGCAAUUGUAGGGAGAUAUACGUUUCUGGGAAACUGCCCACCUACCUCUCCCCUUAGCCAACAUUUUGCCCUAAGCGAGAUGUAUUAAGUGUUGAUGUUGGCUUAGGGAAGGGGUAGGUGGGCAGUUAGUAGUUAGCAAAACGAGAACUUUGCACGUGCAUUAUGCUAUUUAGCCGUCGUUGCAUGACAGCAACAUGAAACUUCCUAAUUUCACGCGCCUGCUUCAUAGAGUCGGUGAACACAACACAAACAUUUUCGUUUUCUUUUUUAUAAACACAGAUGCAGUCCUGUCGAAUACAACCCCAGAAAAUUUCGCCAACAGUAGACAAAUUAUAUAAAGUUGAAUAAGAUCGAUGAAGUUUGAAACGGUGCGAAUUCUCUUUUUAAGUGAAUCUCUGGUUUGUUGUCAUCCAAAAAUUCUGCUACCAUAGCGACGUGACGUUGCGACUUCCGAAAAGCCUGACCAAAUGGAUUUAAAAUAAUGAUAACGUCAUUUGCGCGCGAAAACAUCAUAUGAUAUCCAUAUUUUUUGCCUGUUUGUUUAGUUUUUACACCAAAAAAAUGUCGUACUCAGUUUUGUACUUACACAAAACGGACGGUUUUCUUAAUCUGCAAAUCUGACGUUAUUGGGCGUAAAGAACAGAAGAGAUGAGCGGCGGUUAUUCACGAGAGCACGUAUACAUUUUCAAUUUAACAGAAAUUCUGAGGUGGGGCAGUUUAGAAGGAGGGAACCUUAACAGCUUGAAUUCAGAUCUUUUGGAAAGUAUUUUAUGUCGGUCGUCGAUAAUGCGAAGAGAUACAAUAUACCUGUCAUUCUCGUUCAUACUUUAAUGGCCCUUCCUAUGUUAAAAGCUAUAAUAAACAACAGCUAUGGAAUCCCGCUAACGAUUAGAAUACAAAAUCCGAGUUCAACUGACAAACGACCGGAAUCCAGUACCUGGAAUCUGGAAUACACAGCGUGGAUUCGAGAAUUCAAGACUGUCUUGGAUUCCCUUACAUAGGGACAAUAUUCUCAACCCAUUUAAGAUAGAAAUUGUCCACAUCUCUCUGAAAAAGCCAGCAUUCCUUGAAAACAGGAAAAUCAUCAACUAGCCUUAUCCGUUGGUGAUGUUUGAGUUUCUUUGACAGCGGUAGAUGAUCAUAAUUUUGAUAGUGUAACCUGUUUUUAUGGUUUUCAGCAUAUAGCGAGUAGCUAGGAUUGUCUGCUGCAUUUGAAGGAAGCAUUGUUAUUUUCGAACGCUUAUUUUUCACGUAGAUUUAAGGAAUAACACGAUUAGAAAUCAUCAUCGCCGCCCACCUAUAUCGAUCUGUCGGGAACUCUCCUCAAAAGUCAGCAAAAAAUUAUAGAAAUAACGGUUUAAAUGCUUCCUGAUGAAAUUUGUUUCGUCUUCAUAACUCUACAGGAGUACUGUAUGUAUGCAUAUAUAAAGGCUCUAAGUAAUGACUUCAUCACAGAAUUCACUGAUCUAAAAACAGCAAUAGGGAGCUUAUAGCAACGACGACGACGACGGCAGUGAAAACGUCGCUCAAAAUGGAUUUCCUUCCUUAAUCGGGUCUAUUUGGGCCCGCUCAAUAUGUGAAAUGCAGGCGAAAUUUCCUGGACAUGAAUUUUUAAGGCCGUUUUAUCCAGGUCAGUUCAAAAAGAGACAGGAGAAUUCGUCGUCGUUUAAAGUCCAUGUCCUCCAUAAAACGCCGUAGUAGUCGUGCAGUGGACGUCAAAGAAAUGGUGUUGUUUUGAUCAUAAUGUUUUUUUGCAGCUGUCGUUGUGGUCGUCGUUGGUUCCUAAUCAGACCCCACUCGUGACAAACCCUCUUUAAUCACUUUGUUUUGAUAACUUUCUUUGUUUUUGACAUUCGCUAUUUGCUUUCGUAACAAUCAGAAAAAGACUUAAAACAUGACAAAAAAUUAAAUAUAUUUGAAAAGAUGGAAGCUUUAUUGUUACAAUGGUUAAUGACAAGCAAGCCUAUUACGAACACCUUAAUGAGAGCUUUCGUCAGUUCGAGGAGCCCUUUUUCGACAAAUUAGUACAAAAAAACCUGUCCUUGUUUACCCUUUUAAACUAUGUACUAGAUUAUAACAGUCGAGAAAAUGAAAAAGAACUUUCACAGGAUGGGAAAAUAUUGUUGAAACAAAAGGCGCGUACAAAACACAUCGACGAAAUUUGCCUAAUUCCCCUGCUUUUAACAAAUGUUUGGCAACUUUUUUUGACAAUCAAUUACUGUCUUUAAAAGAAGCAGCUGCAAGACUUUUAACAUCCGCUUUAUCAACAAAUUCCUUUUUCUUACAAAUUCAAUAGCCAACAGGAAAAAGUAUACCAAGAUCAUAACUCCGGAAAACAGUUUUUGAGGUGGAUUUUUCAUUCAUUUAACGUAUAUAUCUGUCUGGCGUGGCGUAACCGCUUUUGGCUUCAGUCGAUAAGCUGUUAUAACUAAGUUUGAACAGUAUGCAGAGGCACCCAACGAGUGAAUGUUUCUAAAUGCGGUAGAAGUAGCUCAAAAUGUUUUUCUUUAUUCUUUAGAAACCUGUUUGGCAGCAAGUUUUAGGUGGCCUUAUCGCGAUCUUGUUAUCUGAAACUGUUAGCUAAUCCCUGAAGGGUCUGGUCCAAAGUUUAAGGUCACCGUACCUUCAUUAGAAGACAUUCUAGAGGACGUUUUGCAAUUUAUACGCCGAAAUUUUCAGGUGAGGAGAAAGGAAAGCUUCUAAUAUUCUAGACGAAAGGAACGGUUAUACAGAAAUUUUUAGCCUUUCUCGGACCUUAGAAAUUUCAAGGCAAUAGUAUUAAUUGAUCCUUCAGACAUUUCUUAAAGAAAAAAGUCGUUGGGAGCCCUUCUGUACUGAAACACCAGUCGAACGAAUUGACCCAGAGUCGUGUGCUUGGUGUCGUUUGGCUUUAGAAAGCCUAAUAUGAGAAAAUCCCGCUCCCUCAACAUAAACACACAAACUUAUUUGAAGGAAAUAUCUCAGUAAUUAGCCUGUUGACUAAGUAUUUGAGGCCAGUGAUCCUCAAUAAAGAGACUAAAUAACUUUUUUGUAACAGUUAAGUUUGCUUAUGGAAAAAAAACCGCGGCAGCGGUAUAGCUAGAUGUCAGCACGUCUGCACACUUAGUUUCUACACUUUCCUUCACAUUUCAGCCCAUUUAUUCCUACAAUGUAUAUUGGUCCUCUCUUAGGUACAGUAAGUAUGUACGAUGCGAGCAUAUAAACUUAUGUUUCUUUUAAUUUGUUCUUUCGCCAUCAUAAGUAUCGUCUUGUAUUAUUUUCAGAUAUCUUUGUCAACAAGUCCAAUUUCAAAAAAUUUCGUACGCACUGCCUAUUUCCAGGGACUGGAUCCGUCGACCAUGGAUGUUCUAAAAACAGCUAUCACUGUUUUCGUGAUCUUGUUCCCAGUGCUGAUGAAAGCACAGCAGAACCUGCAAGGUAAGGCAAGCAUAUUUAUUACUCGGAGACUCAAAAAACCGUGAACACCAGAAAUAUCUAUGGAAUGUUAUUGUGUUGCGAGAAAAUAGCCAAUAGGGCAUGAGAAAACUAAACAGCAAACAGCAACGGUAGCUGGUUUCUUGUUUUGAGGCUUUGCUGGCGUGUCCUUAACAUUAUUGUGAUUGUUCACCACACAAUCAAAAUUCCUGAAAUUUUUCAUGUGUUCACGGUUUUCUGAGUUUCACAGUAAGUAGAAUAAGUCAAUUUCAAAUCAUAAUUGUUCGCAUUCAAAUAUAAACGACGUGGCGCAUCAAGCGAUUGUUUGAAGUCAUUCCCUAAAGAAAAGUGUUUUCUGAUGUCAUGGAAAUAUCUCGUACGUCCCUGGCUGUUUAAUCACAUUCAUUUGCGUAGCCAAAAUGGAGGUUUUCCAUGUUUGAUUUCAGCCCCCGGCAAAGCCUUGAAUAAGAUCUUUGCUUAUUAUCAUCAAAAAAGGUCGAUAAACAGAAAGUUGUUGAUUGCUCAGGUACCGUAAGGAGUCUACGUAGUAUCUUAUUUUGUUCCUUUUCGAAUAAAUUUACGUGUUAUUGCGGUUUCCUCAACUAAACUGAUACUGUAAAAUGUAAGCAUGCUAUUUAAGGAAUAUUAUGUCCCCGUCCAUCCGUAUCCAGAAAUAUAUUUUUUAAAACAGAUGGUUUUUUUUUCUCCGAGUUUCAUUAGGGCCAUUUAUACGAGGAAAAAUAAGACGCGUCUUAUAUUAGACGCGUCUUAAAUAAGACGCGAACUGUACCAUUUAUACGAGCAUGUCUUAUCUAAUAAGACGCGUUUUAGCUAAGCCGCGUCUUAUUUUAAACGAAAUGUGUCCUUUAUACGGAAAGUUCGCGUCUUAUUUAAGACGCGUCUUAUUUUUCCUCGUAUAAAUGGCCCUAUUGUCUUCCCAGUGUCUUCCGUCCACACGGCGUUUUCGGGAACCAAAACCUAACAGUUUCAAAAUCGGGAGAUUUAUGAAAACGCUUGCUUCUCACUUGUGUGUGGACGGGCGAAAACGGAGGUUUUUGAAUAAGGUGAUGGCAUUGGGUAUGCUCUCGAAGGGAUGCUAGCCUUUUCAUUUGUGGUCUAUUUACAGAGAUCCAGACCACUCCCCUACAGUAUAUAAAGGUUUGGAAAAACUGGCGGCUUCUUCUAGAUGAAAUUACGAUACAUACCCGAGGUAGAUUUGGGUGGGGCGGGAAGAGAAAUAAAAUAUCAUACGAAAGAGGAUCGAGCCAUGGAGUGGAGAGCGGGAAAGGCAAGGUGCAAAGCCAUAAUAAUAACCUCUGUGUCUUUUCUAGAGAAUAAUAUGUGCCUUAUAUAGUCCACCGGGCAAUACCGCUGAAACUAGCCAGACAGACGAAAACAAUUCAAAUACGCUAUGUGUGGGCGCGUAGUUUGUUCUUGAAAACGGAGAAAAUCUCCUGUACAUGUUUAAAAAAAUAUAUAUUUGGAUACAUGUGGACAAGGCUUAAUUUAGCUUUAGUGGUAGUGGUUGUGUUUAAAUAAGCCAAAGAGAUUUCGUUUCAAAUUGACUUUCAUUCCUAGUUCUCAUUAAAGUGAGGAGAGUGUUUCUGUCUGAUUUCGGGCGCAGCCCGGCUCCAGACCAGUGCAGUGUCCAAAACAGUAGGGGGCUUUCCGUCUUGGUCGGUACAGCUGGAUAGCCCAGAGACUGCCCUAGCAGUGGGUGGGUGGAUCAGGCCUGGGGGAAAAAACUAGUGGGGUAACGAGGGGGCUAUUAUAACACAACCCCUGGCAAGUACCUUGUUCUUACUUUGGCCUAGCCAGCUGAAUCAGACCUCUGCUGAGAAUGAUUAUCAUGAUAAUUGCAGAGAUUAGUGGGAGGCGCAGACAGUCACCCAUUGUCCUGGGUGGGGAGGGUGAAAGUCCUACUAAGGAAACACUUAGCAUUGGACCAGUAGACACUCACUGAAGCCAUGUUUACAUAUUUUAAAUUCAGUCUGAUUUAUAUCACGUCCUUCUUUGUUACUUUAUUUUGCAGAGUACUCCAACUAUAUAAACAAAAAAAAGAACAAGAUAAAUAAGAAACAGGAAGGAGCCAGGAAAUUACUCGUUGAAUUCGCAAGAGAAAUUGAAGCCAGUUGCAAAGGUAAGAAGAGGAGAAUCCUGAGAAAACCAGAACAGCGCGCGCGAGCGUAUCGACUUCUUGAUGUACUGGACUGUUGUUGUAACGGACAUUGGCUGCUACCUGAGGUCUCCAAGGUUGGGAAAAGGACUAAAAUAAGUCAAAAAGCUAAAGACGUUUGAGCUAAGUCGACCUCCUUAAAAAGAGAAAAAUACUUUCUGAGCACAAUGGGCUCGGUGUUAUGGGGAGCAUGAACUGGAAAACUACAAAAAAAGCUUUGAUAUGAUUUGAUUAUCAUAAUUUAAAAUUCUGUAGUGUUAUAUAGACCCCGGUUUGUUUCAUUCGCGGAUGAGCCAGUUUUAGAUGCGGCUACUAAUACUAGCCAGUUCAGAAGAACAAAAUUCCAAAGAAGCAAUUUGCAUGAUUAGCCUUAUUAUCCUCUACCCUAACCGUGCUCCGCGGUACCUGGUAAUUGUACUUGACAGGCCCCGUUUAUAUGAAGCCGACCGUUGUCCGGGAAGGAAUACAUUGACUCGCAUUAGCAUAAAAAGGCCAAUUUAUAACAUUAACAUUCAAUUUCUUCUUCGCAACAUAGAAUUAACAUGCAACUUUGAUGUAUCAAUGUGCGGUUUCAAGCAAGCCAAAGAUGACAAGUUUGACUGGACCCGAUACAGGCGAAACACAAGUUCUUCCGGCAAAGGACCUUUCUCUGAUCACACCACUGGAAACAUGACAGGUGAACUCUAAACUAAUAACAACAAGUCAGACCUGCUAUUAGCAAAAACAGUUAAAAUGUAUUAACUCACUAACUGUAAUUUGCAUAAAGCCUUGGCCCCAAACGUCGCUUUUAUUUUUCUUGAGACGAGCCAAGCUUAGUGAGUUAAUUUCAUGAAAAGUUCGAAUUCUGACUCAGUUACGUUCGUCUGAAUGAGUUUGGAUCGUCCAACACGUUCUGUGCGACUGCUUCAGAGGGAUAGAACGUCUGAAGAUCGUCUCCGGGACAAACUAGCGUCGAUCUUCAUAUACGAAAUUUCAAUCAACUUUAUUCUUAACUUUAGAGAAAACAAAGCAAUCCUACAUAUUUUGCAAGUACACGUUUUAAAACAAAAAUAGACAGCUAAACUGCAGAAGUGAAGUGAAAAGACACCCAAAAAAACAAAACAGACAAAACAAAAACAAAAAAUAACAACAACAAAAACAAAAACUAGAGCAAAACAAAAAGGAAAAUUUACAUAUUGUGCGCCCCCCCAAAAUUAUUUCUACAGAAGGAAGUACUACUGAAUGGACUGAGGUUUAGAUAUUAGUGGUAUUAAGUAGCAUUUUCAUUUGGAAUGAGCGAACGCAGUCACAUCAAGCUAAGAGUCUUUUUUAAGGUGUUUCGAUAUAACAGUUUUUCGGAGACCAUACCGAUGUUUUUCAAUCCCUUAAAAUAAUAUACCAAAAUUUCUUAGCAUCGUAAAAUGAUGUUACGCAGCCUUCUGACGCUACUUAAGAUUUAUUUGAGUUGUUUAAAACUUUUUUAUUAAAAAAUGUAUCACUGCUAUUGAAAAUGUAAGGUUUGAAAUAUAUUUACGUUUUAUUUGAAUUCAAAAAUUUUUUUACUUGUCAUGGAGGUUAUUUGCUAAUCACCUGACGCUUUAAGUUUCUGGCAUCGGAUUUUCAGUAUCAGGUCUAUAUCGCACAAAAUUCGGAUUUUAUCGAUUUCGAAAUUUUUGGUUUAUUGUUGUCAUAGUGAUAUCGAUUUUACUAAAAGCUGCAUUUUGACAAACUUCAAUUCAUAGUCAAUCACUGGUAAAAAUUUUGUAGCGAUCAGACAAACAAGGUAGAAACAACUUUCAAGGCGUUUGAAAAAUAUCGAUAUGACCUCUGAAAAACUGUAUCGAAACACCUUAAGCUGAUAACUUGUAUAUAAAUUCAGAUGCCAUAGCUAUCUUUUGCAUUGUUUCGCAUGCGUAGUAAGACGCAAGUCCUUUAUCUGUUUAUUGAAUAAAUUAAAUUUGGAGAGGAUUUAAAUUUCUGCUUCUGGCAAAAGUUUCCUGUUAUGUCGAGUGCGGUCAUGAUUGCAUCGUUUGAAAAAUAUUCCGUGCUCGCUCUCGUCGCUGGUUGACAGAAGUACGGUUCUUUUGCUGCUUUUUUGCAUCGGGAGAAUUUGUCUCCUCGUCCGCGGAAAUUUCAAUUAGAUAUUCUAUUUGACCGAGGGUCUCAAUGGGGUGGUGCCUUUUACGGUUAUCGGCUAAAGUUUUGGCUCUUUUACGGCUAUCGGUUAAUUUUUUUCAGUUACGGUUCAAGAAGAACUUUUAUUUAGCAGCAACAUGAAACUACUACACAUGGCGUAACUUAGAAAUUGCAUGCAAAUAAAUUUGUGGCUAUUAUGUCCGGUAUUAAACCGGUCAAGGUUUUCAAAACACAAAAUGGCCGGCAGUCCUAUAUUCUCAGUAAAUUUCACAAAAUGGAAAGAUUUUAGCUAAUCUAAACUAUCAUAUGUCGAUUAAGACAAGUCAAGCGAUUCUGAAAUGCCUCACAGAUCUCAAGUCUAGUGUUUGGUUUACGCUGGGCUCAGAAGACAAAACCGUGUUUUGUGACACUUGGAACUUUUUACAGCUCGACUGCUGGUCAAGGCUUUCAAAACACUAAAUGGCCGGUAGUCCUAUAUUCUCAGUAAAUUUCACAAAAUGGAAAGAUUCUAGCUAAUCUAGACUAUCAUAUGUCGAUUAAAACAAGACAAGCGAUCCUGAGAUGCUUUAUGGAUCUCAAGUCUAGUGUUUGGUCUACGCUGGGCUCAGAUGACGAAACCAUGUUUUGUGACACUUAGAACUUUUGUUGGCUAGACUGCCGGUCAGGGUUUUCAAAACACCAAAUGGCCGGUAGUUCCAUAUUGUCAGUUGGGUGCCCCUGUCGUUGGGUGCCCCUGAGUUUUGAAAAUAAUAAUAAUAAAAAAAGAUAUCGCGCACAUAAAUUUUACUUUACCAUAUCUUCAGCUGUAUCUUCUAUUCAGCUGCAUAGCCCACGCCAGAUUUUUUCUUUGUCCUGGGCGGAAAAUCCUCGUCCUCCCUCACCAGUUUGGACAACAUACUGUAGAAUAAGACGUAGUUCUGGAAAUAACUGUUUAUUUAAUUAAUCUAAGCAAAUAGGUCUAGUAGAGUCAAAAAUCCUAUGCAAGCGGCUGGACGAACAAUGUGACAACAGCUGUGACAGCGAACGUUAGAAGAAUUCGAACUUGAAAACCAGGGCCGCCCUGUUGAAAACUUAAAGGACGGUCGCGCGAUCGCCUUUUGUUUUCUGGUCAAAACUAACGCAGCGGACCCUCGUUCAGUGUUGAUUGACCUAGAAGCGAUAGUACCAUCCCUCCCAUUGAAAGUGUUGCAUUGUUGUGCGAACGCGGUCGCUAAGGCCCAGUUCAGACGUCGUGCUUCUACCGUGCCUUAGUGUAUUCCAGCUAAACUCUCUUGAUAAACACAUUGAUCCUGAUAUAAAUCUCACCUCAAACAAAAUACGCUCAAAAUAUUAUUCCCCACACAGCUUUGUGCAGUUUAUUGACAGCAAACAGUUGCAAACAAAAAUCUCCUUUUUACAUACAAAUAUGCGUAGCUUAAAGAAAAAUUUUGAAGAAUUUCAACAUCAUGUCUUAAGUGAAAUGAAUUUCCGUUUUACUAUUAUUGGUGUAACAGAAACUCGUAUAUGCGAUCGUGAAUGUAGUUUUAAUUUUGUACCAGAAUUACCAGGAUACUGUUUUGAAUCGGUCCCAACACCUUUAUCUGCCGGUGGUGUUGGCCUGUUCAUUGAUCAAAAUUGUAAAUACCGCGUCCUUGAACGAGUCUCCAAUUCUUGCUAUCAAGCCCUAUGGAUUGAACUUCAUCUGCCUAACAAUAAGAAAUCUGUAUGUGGUGUUACUUAUAGGCAACACAAUAACGCUAAUGAGUUUCUAGAAUACUUGACAGAUUUUCUUGAACGCCAAUGCCGCCAAAAUCAAAAUAUUUAUCUCAUGGGAGACUUCAACAUAGAUCUGUUAAAAUAUGAAACUUGUAGUUACACACAAACCUUGCUCCAAACAAUGCAAAGUUUUUCAUUGUUCUCAGUGGUUGAUAAGCCGACUAGAGUCUAUGGUAAUUCAUCAACUUUAAUUGACAAUAUUUUCAUAAAUAAUCCUGAGAAUAAUAUAGUCAGCGGCAAUAUCGUGUCCGAUACAACAGAUCACUUCUCUCAGAUGUGCAUAUUAACGUCGCACUGUAAACCAUUCUUUCCAAACAACAAAACUAAGGUUCGUGACUAUUCUACUUUCAAUGCAAAAUCUUUCAUUGACGACUUGCAGAAUAUUAAUUGGAAUAAUAUUUGCAAACAUACCGAUGCCAAUCAAUCGUUCUCCAGGUUUUACAAAUGCGUCAACAAGACAAUUAACAAACACGCCCCUUUAAGAAGUAUAUCCAAUCGUAAACAAAAAUUCCUUGCUAAACCACGGCUGACUGCGGGUUUAAGAAAAUCAAUCAGGGUAAAGAAUAACCUCUUCUAUACCUCAGACCGUGACAAAUACAAAUUUUACAGAAAUAAAAUCAUCUAUCUUACGAGAUUAAGUAAAGCGAACUACUACCAAAGUUUCUUUGAUCUCAACAUAUCAGUAAUAUGCGUCAAACUUGGAAAGGAAUUAACGAGCUAAUUGGAAACUGUAAAAAGAAAAACAAGCGCAACUCAGCUAACUCUAUUCGCUCAAACCCGAAUGAGGUUCCAACUAGUGACCCGAAGGAAAUAAGCAAUAUUCUUAACAAAUAUUUCGCCACUGUUGGGAGCAAACUGGCUUCUAACAUUCCUCAGACUACAAAUACAUUCUAUGAUAAUUUAGAUCCGCCACUUAAUCGCACUUUCUUCUUUGAUCCUAUUAUUCCGGAAGAUAUCAAUUUAGAAAUUUCAGUUUUGCAAGACAACAAGGCCCAUGGUCUCUACUCAUCUCUAGUUAGGCUGCUGAAAUUGGCAAAAAGGGUCAUAUCCGUACCUCUAGCCACGAUUUUUAAUAAGUCUAUUUGCUCAGGGAUUUUUCCAUCUAAACUAAAGUGUGCUAAGAUUAUCCCGAUAUUUAAGGACGAAGAUGACACUCUGCCCGAAAACUACCGACCUAUUUCUCUGUUCACGAUUUAUAACAGGAUUUUUGAAAAACUUAUGUACUCCAGAGUUACCAAGUUUGUCAAAGAUUGCAACAUUCUCUAUGAUCAGCAAUACGGUUUUCGCAGUAAGCACAGUACUCAGCAUGCUGUACUUGAUAUUGUUAACACAAUUCUCCAAAAUAUGGACAACGGUAAAUUUUCGUGCGGUGUUUUCAUCCAUCUCAAAAAGGCUUUUGAUACUGUUAACCAUGAGAUUUUGUUAGCUAAACUUGAAAAUUAUGGUAUUAGAGGUGUAAUCAACUCCUGGUUCAGAUCAUACCUGACUGAUCGGAAGCAAACUACGGAAGUUAAUAAUGUUGUGUCUGAGGCUGAGACGACCUUGUGCGGCGUGCCACAAGGCUCAGUCCUCGGACCACUCUUAUUCCUACUGUACAUCAAUGAUAUUUACAAGUCCUCUUCGUUAUUUUUUUUUAUCUAUUUGCUAACGAUACUAGUAUAAUACUUGCAAAUAACAACCUAAAGGAACUCGAAACACUUGUUAAUCGCGAGCUUGGCAAUGUCAACGAAUGGCUAAAGGCCAACAAACUGUCCUUGAACAUAAAAAAAUCAAAUUUUGUAAUCUUUCGUCCCCGGCAAAAGAAUAUGCCCUUCAUACCUAGGAUUAGAAUUUUUGACUCCGUGACUAACACCUACGCAAACCUUGAAAGGAAAGAUUAUGUAAAAUAUCUUGGCUUAAUGAUUGAUUCAAAUCUUUCAUGGAAAUACCACAUCGAAUCCAUCUGUCACAAAAUCAGCAAGUCGAUAGGAAUUAUAGCUAAGAUUCGACAUUAUGUCCCGCGCCGUGUUCUACUUUCAGUUUACAACUCAUUAAUUGUCCCUUAAUUGACUUAUGGUAUCUGUGGUUGGGGAAACUGUGCCUUGACAUUUCAAAGAAAGAUCGUAACUCUACAAAAACGGGCCUUACGUCUCAUUUACUUCAGUAAGUCUAAGGAACAUGCCGUACCCUUCUUUCUCAAAUCAAAUUGCCUUCCCCUGCCUAGCCUAUUUUUCAGAGAUUGCAGCUAUUUAUUGUAUGAUAUCAACAGACAGACAGCACCAGUUAGUAUACUUAAUCAGUUCGUUAAAACAAGUCAGAUUCAUAACUACAGAACAAGAUCUGUCUCUAGCGACUCGUUUUAUGUUAAGUUCUCUAGAACCGAUAAAAUGUACGCCUUUUUCACGAGAAUCGGUGCCCAAAUUUGGAACUCUAUUCCUUAUUCGAUUAAAAUACUUAAACGUUCGUCCUUUCGUAAAAAAAUAAAGGAAUUAUUACCAAAUUUUUUGCGGUCAGAAGAUGAUUAUGUCGAAGUCUCCUGUCUUAUUAAGUUAUUUAAUACUUUAGGUUAGCCUCUCUUCGUAAUCGUUAUGUACAUGCCUUGUUUUAUGUUAGUUUAAAUUCUAUUUACUGUAUUGUAGUGUCUUCACUGUUAUUUAGUCCAUCUAUAUAUAAAUCUUGUUUUGUAAUAUGUCUUCAGCUCCCCCCGCCUCGAUUAGUUCAUAAGUAGACUGCAAAACAGUCCGUAUUUUUGCGUAUUCAAGUACGCGCGAGCAGUCAAACAAAAGGUCUGGAAUGAGGCUGAAAACAGAGAGCGAGACUGGGGAGAGACGCUAAAAAUACGGACUGUCCGUUUUGCAUACGUUAUAUUCGUUCGAAUUACCCGCUUCUCCCAGCCACGGGCAAUUCCCAUUGGCUAAAUUUCGAUGCAAGCUGUCACCAAGCUGUCAAGCAAUGUUUUCAACAUGUCAUUCACGUUGUUCCAUACCGUGAUGAAUUGCUAAAGCUUUCGCUGUAAAAUGACAGAUGUUGAUCGCCUGGAUUUGCUCGCAAGAAUUGGGAUUUGUUUUAAAAUCGGAGCAGAGGGAAGCUUUGGAGUUGCUACUCAGGGGAAAGGAUGUUUUCUGUGUUCUACCAACAGGAUUUGACAAAAGCCUUAUUUAUCGGAUGUUUGUUCAUGCAAAGAGUUCUUCAAGACCGUCAUUGUUAUCUCGCCUGGCUAAAAAAGCGAUCGGUAGGAAACGCACGACUUUUACCUCAUGCAAACAUGCCGCUUGUUCCAAUGAAUUGUUUUCUCUGUCGAGUAGAUUAUGCUUUGGAGGAAAACGUUUUGACUGAAAAAAUGUGAAUUUUGGCCGCUUAUUAAAUAUAAUUCAUACUGAGAGGUCGUGACACGCAUAUUGAUUUUCUCUGGUAGGCAUGAUUUGCCCUCUGACGCAAGAGCAUUUUCUUUCUUGGCCCCUUUAGAAACGUAAAGCUCUUCAUUGUGGCUGAUUAAGGGUUUUAGGUUGUUUUAUUUCUCCAAAGUGCCUCCUGGAUUUGAAUAAUUUAACCGAUUUUCUUUGUGUCCGUGAAUGUGACUUUUUCCUGCAAUGUUUUGUCACGCUGGGCCCAGCUCGUUAGCGUUUUUGGCAGGAUUUUAAAUUCUCACAGAUAGUAAUUUACAGAGCUAAAUCACCACGACGUGGUUUGGAAUGAGGGGAUUUACUCAUUCUUUUCAAUCGCAAUAAUUGUUCAUUGUCAGUUCUUAAACCCGCAGUCAGCCAUGGUUUAGCAAGGAAUUUUUGUUUACGAUUGGAUAUACUUCUUAAAGGGGCGUGUUUGUUAAUUGUCUUGUUGACGCAUUUGUAAAACCUGGAGAACGAUUGAUUGGCAUCGGUAUGUUUGCAAAUAUUAUUCCAAUUAAUAUUCUACAAGUCGUCAAUGAAAGAUUUUGCAUCGAAAGUAGAAUAGUCAUGAACCUUAGUUUUGUUGUUUGGAAAGAAUGGUUUACAGUGCGACGUUAAUAUGCACAUCUGAGAGAAGUGAUCUGUUGUACCGGACACGAUAUUGCCGCUGACUAUAUUAUUCUCAGGAUUAUUUAGGAAAAUAUUGUCAAUUAAAGUUGCUGAAUUACCAUAGACUCUAGUCGGCUUAUCAACCACUGAGAACAAUGAAAAACUUUGCAUUGUUUGGAGCAAGGUUUGUGUGUAACUACAAGUUUCAUAUUUUAACAGAUCUAUGUUGAAGUCUCCCAUGAGAUAAAUAUUUUGAUUUUGGCGGCAUUGGCGUUCAAGAAAAUCUGUCAAGUAUUCUAGAAACUCAUUAGCGUUAUUGUGUUGCCUAUAAGUAACACCACAUACAGAUUUCUUAUUGUUAGGCAGAUGAAGUUCAAUCCAUAGGGCUUGAUAGCAAGAAUUGGAGACUCGUUCAAGGACGCGGUAUUUACAAUUUUGAUCAAUGAACAGGCCAACACCACCGGCAGAUAAAGGUGUUGGGACCGAUUCAAAACAGUAUCCUGGUAAUUCUGGUACAAAAUUAAAACUACAUUCACGAUCGCAUAUACGAGUUUCUGUUACACCAAACAGUGCACUGAUUCACCUCUAGUUCCUCCGAGCGAGCGACGCCAAACUCGCGUAGGUUGCGAGCGAAAUGCUUUCCCGAUUUGCUGCCGUAACAAACUAAGAAAUUUCACAACUAAUCAAGCAAGCUAUUUCCGAAAUACAUGAAGAAGGUGACAUGAAUAGUGCAGGAUAUUCACUGAUUGAGUAGUUAAUCAGAGCGCCCGAAAAACACUAUCCACUGUUUUAGUAUAUACUAAAUGGAUUUAGCCAAGGCUAAAAGCGAGGCUCCUGCGGCGUAGUCAUGAGACAAGGAGAUACCGACAGAUUCAUAUUGCUUUCUACAUAAUGUCCUUUAUUAACUGAACCACUAUCUUUAUAGUACAAAUCGUAAUCUACUUUCAUUUAGUAUCAGUACUUUUACAUUCGUGCUGUAUUACUUUAAUAUCAUGUAGUUUCACUGAUGUUGGUAAUAGUACACUGAUCGUUACUAUGGUAAUCAAUACACUGCAUCCUUCCCGGGCGGGUUCUAAGAAUAUUCGAAAGAUACAUUCAACGAGUCACAAGAUCAUAUAAAAUCAGCAAAAUUUAAUGUCAAUAAUAUACAAAAUUGUCACAGUCCUUAGUUGACUUUACAACUCGUCCUGACCUAGUGGUGAUGACCUGGUCAUUCUGAGAGGCUUGCUCGUCGACAUGACCAGAAGGUUUAGCGUCGUCACAAGCGUCAGAACCCUUAGCACUAGGGUCACUAGAAUUGUUGGACUUCUUAUAGUUGGUAGAAAUUUCUACUUCGCCAUCAUCAUCUAUGCUCUCACUAGGCGCAUGCUUUAAGUACUUUGCAUUGCGAACCAAGGUGGUACCCGUGUCCACGUUGACUAGACUGAACGUGUCCCGCGCUUUGUUCUCAAUGAUAACGUGCUUAGCUAAAGAGAAUUUCGAGUCCAAUUUGUUGGGCUUCAUAUUAGCACAAAACACGAUAUCGCCAACGCUAAAAUUAUGCGGGGACGCAUGUUGCUUGGUGUCAUGAUAGUCUUUCAAUUUCGCUUGAUACAAGCUACAUUUUGAUCGAUGAUCACGAUCAAGUGCCUAUCCUGCUGUAUUUGAGUUAGACUCCAUGAGCGGUACCUUCGCACUAGGCGAUUUGCCACUAAUUUGAUGUGGACUUGCGCGAUAAGUCAUAAGAAUUUUCGGUAGUUCCUUUUGCCAGGGCUUGCCUUCAGAGAUCAGCGCUCGAAAAUUUUUCUUUAAGUAUCGGUGAAAUCUCUCCAACUUUCCGUUACUUCGCGCAUAGUACGGAGAAACACGAAUAUGCCUUAUUCUACACGAUUUGAGAAACGCUUCGAAUUCGUCGCUGAUGAACUGUUUUCCAUUGUCUGAAACGAGUUCCUCUGGAAACCCAAAUCUAGCGAAAAUAUCAGUUAGGGCCUUAAUGACUUCGCGUGAAGGGAUUUCUUUUAACAUGUACGCUUCCGGAUAAGACGAAUAAUGAUCAGUGUAGGUCAAUAUGAACUUUCCGUUGACUGGACCAACGAGAUCCACUGCAACUUUUACCCAAGGACCACGAGGUAGAGGCGUUGGCUGAAGCGGUGUGUAUUUAUUCAAAGAUUGAUUCACCACGAAUGCCUCACAAUUUCUGAUCAUUUUCUCUGUUGCAUCGUCCAUACCGGGCCAAAACAAAACGAGUUCUAAGAAAUUGUUUGGUCUUUACAAUUCCCUGAUGCGUCUCGUGCGCUAGUGAUAGAAUUUGUUUUCGUAGGGACUGUGGAACAACAAUUCGAUUACCUCUAAGAAUUGCUCCUUCAAGAAUAGACAAUUCGUCCUUUAUGCGGCUACACGGUUCAAGAUCAGUUUCGCGUGACCAUUUUCCGUUUUGAAUUUGGGCAAGUAAUUUGGAAAGCGUGACGUCUUUGCUAGUUUCGCAUCUCAUGUCAGAAAGAGUGACCGCUUGAAGAUCUGACAUGUUUGACAUGCAUGUAAACAAAUCGUACAUUAUUUUCGCAAACGAAACCGGUAUCUGAACAAUCAUUUUGCUUGGAUGGCAAUCGCGACAUCGAAUCUGCUGUGGUGGCGUUCCCCGGGGGUUACUCCCACACAUUACCUAUACCGGUAGGUGCCGCCCGACAGGGUCGUGAUUUUGAAGCUCCUGAUUUAGAACGGGGUAUCCAUUUCAUAGGCGUUUUCUAGAACGGGGUAUAAAAAAUUGUGGAUCACGCCUUUAUCUUCUGCUUAAAAUUGUUGCUGAUUAUGAAGAAGCAUUUAUUUGAUGUAUAAGUCGAACACAUAAAGAUAUAUCUUUUUAAAAAAACAGGCUGUUUCAAUUUACAAACUUUCUAGAACGGAUUAUAAAAAAUUGGCCCAUUUCUAGAACGGGGUAUCAGUUUUAGGGCGAAUUCUAGAACGGGGUAUAAAAAAUUGGCCCAUUUCUAGAACGGGGUAUCAAUUUUAGGGGAAUUUGUUUUUAGAACGAGGUGCCAAUUUGGAGUCCCGGGCUCCCGGGACUCCAAAUUGGCACCCCGUUCUAAAAAAAAAUUCCCCUAAAAGUGAUACCCCGUUCUAGGGUGGAACAAGAGUACAACAGUUUGCUUGUUAACGCAUUGAACCGUAUUUUUAAAAGCAAUCUGUCCUUGAUUAAUUUAGAAUGGCUGCUUACAAAACUGGAGCUUUCGUGAGUUCGAAAUAUUAUACCCCGUUCUAGAAAACGCCUCUGAAAUGGAUACCCAAUUCUAAAUCAGGAGCUUCGAAAUCACGACCCCGUUGGGCGGCACAUACCCGUAUAGGUAAUGUAUGGGAGUACCCCCCAGGUCUCUUACCUUACGAAGGAACCACCAUCAUUCUUAACCUUUCAAGUUAAAGAGGCGAGAAUUUUCGCGAUUCUUUUUUGUUUUGUUUUGCGUACAAAAUCUUUGCUGUAACGAUUCGACAUAUCAUUCCUUAAACCGAAAGGACGUUUCAGUCACCAAUGUUGACGUCUUUGAGAAAAAGCUGUUCAGUCUCCAGUUUUUCUACAGCUUGCUUCAGGUUUAAAGCAUUCGCGGGGAAGGGGAAUAGGACUGGUAUGUACGGAGAGACUUUCGUCUCAUGAAUUUUACAACUUUUUGCAAUCUAAUUUUUAUUUUUUUAUUUUGGUUGGAAGACUUUUUUUACCCACGGCAUUUACCCACACCCACACCCACCACUCACGACCUCUACCCACUACCCACGACCCGCACACGCGCGAACUCAGUUCGCAGGUCUUAAAGUUUGUAGGUUUCGUUGGCGCGCUCUCAACUUCCCAACCUGCUGCGUGUUAUUUUUAGUUCUACUGGGAAAUUUUUUAGGGUGCACUUCGCUGGUUAUGUUUCGUCUCUGUAUCCUAACAGGAUGAAUCUUUUUGUGGAAGCAAAAAAGUUCAUUGACUUCAUUUCAUGUUCCGUUAACAUUAAGGCUGAGGAAUUCAGGCGAAAUAUUUAAGAACAAGUUUAUUAUGUUUCCAGUCUAUAACUUCUGUAAACUCAUCUCAGUCGUUUCUGGUUAUUGCAUAUCUAGUACAACGAGAACUAGAUGAUAUAUAACAAAAUUGGACAAUCCUCAACUGAAACUGCUUAACGUGUUGCAGCUUCUCCCUCAGCUCUAGAUUUCUGCUCAUUUAUGACAGCCCUUGUGAAAAUAGGGCCAUGUGGCCCUAUGAUUGAAAAAGUCCUAAAACACUGCGCUACUUCCGCCGAUCGCCCCCACAUUUGGCCCACAGGAAGUAGAUAGGUUAAGCCAACUACAGGGCUAGUUUUAGAUCUCAACCGUUGAUAUGCUUCACGCAAUGAUGUUUUUAAAUUUGAGAAAAUGGAGGGCGACCUAGUAAAUAAUUCGUGGCGGCUUUGGUCAUUAAGAAAUGCGUUUGGCGACGAAUUUCGACCAAAUCGGUCCUUCAAAAUGAAUUUCAAAGCUUUUUGGAUCAUGGUAAAUAAAUGUAAAAGUCGAGGUAAUAUAAGAAAAGGUUUAUAACAAUAGCGUGCUCUUCGCUAUGAGUUCAAUCUGCUACCCAUGUUCAUCAAAUUCAAUGAAAUAUUGCUUCUUAGUUUGGCUUUGUACCGUCAAAGCCUUGCUUGUUUUCUUAAAUAAAGUGCUUGAAUUCAUAUUUGUGUGUUUUAGCUUGAUUUAUAGAUGAGAACAUAAAGAUAACAGACAUUUUCUGCAAAAAAGGACAUAAAAUUCUGCAUCGUUCAAUUAUUUUUAGCCGAUUAUUGAUUGUUGCUAUAUAACAAGAAACGAAAGUGUUCUUUUAAUCCUUAAGCUCAAUCCAAGUAUUAAUAUCACAAAAUCUCUUUUUAUAUUUGAAUUUUGAGAAAAUGUAUCUUGUAAAUUUUUUCAGUGAAGUAUUAUGGGCUUCCAGAGAGCAAAUUUUGUUUUUGGAAAGUUUAUUGUAUGCUCUUUCAAAUGAGGUAUAGCUUUUUAAGCUGGGGUAAAUAACAGUGGAGAUAUAAUUUUCGUAAAAUGUAUGGUCAAAUUUGCUGAUUGCUCGCCUGUCAGAAAGCUGCUAUUCUCUAUCCAUCUUCUUCUGUUCAAAGGUUAUUACAUGUACAUAGAAGCAUCCAGUCCACAUCAACCAGGUGAUGAUGCAAAAUUGUACAGUCCUCCACUGAAGUUCUUUGGGAUUAUGUGCCUUGAAUUCUAUUACUAUAUGUCUGGUGCAUCUAUUGGAAGCCUGAACGUUACCAUAAAUAAAACAGUGGUGUUCUCUGCGAGUGAUCAUAAAGGAGACGUAUGGAAUAAAGCCAGUAUAAAUAUAUCCUCAAUUAUGGGAUUGCAUUGGGUAAGCAUUAAUGAGACAAUCACUGAAUAACGACCCUGAAAACGGGUUUCUCUGAAAGAGGUAACUUUUAAAGGAAAAAAGCGUUAGUUUGUGGAGAGGCACAAGGCACAGGAAUAUUUGUUCCGGAAGGGGGCUACUCUAAGAUUUACACGGCGAGGCGGAUUAUUUGUCCACUUUGAAAAUAUAUUUUGGUCCUCGCGUCUAAAUUCUUCAAAUCUUUACUUAUGUUAUGAGUCUUAUCUGUAUUUGACAGCAAAAUAAGUGAAAAAAAGGUAAAAGCGUAGACUUGGUUACUUUAAUUCGUUAUGGCUCCCCCGCCGCCGACUUCAUCUUACCUUUAGCGGGGGGGGGAUGAAGCUAAUUUGGGAAGCAAAUAAAUUAGGGUGAAGAAAGGUAAUAUACACCUGAUAAACCCGUUAGUCAGCUAAUAGGCUUAGAAACCAUUAAUCUCGUACCCAGAUUUCUUGUUAAGGAAGCCGGAGGCGAGAUCUGGUCAAAUCCGAAUUGUACACAUGAUUGCCUGUCAGGAUUGCGUGACAGGCAAUGCUCCAAAUCCUCAAAAUCGCCCCUUUUUGACGUGUUUAACAACGAAUUUGAUAAAGCGUGAAGUUUUUUUUUUUUAAUUUGUAACAAACCCUAAAUCCAAUCCUUUUUUAAUUUGCCGAUUGUUUUAAAAUUUAUACCCUAGUCUUCCCUAAUUUUUGUACAUUUAAAACAUUUGAAAAAUCUUCUAAAAAGUUUUCAAAAAAUUAUGGGACCAAGGCCUCAAAACUGAGUCAUUUUACGAUUGAACGAAAUCUUGGCUGAUAUUUGAGAAAAAGAGGCUCUAAAUUAAACACAUAUAAAAUGUAUAACUUAUUUAUCAUAAUUAUUCUUUUCAAGGUGGAUAUGCAUUGCUAUAAGAGAUUUCCUUGGGGCUUUCUUCAAAAAUUGCUAUUUUACGUCUAUUUAUAUAAAGUACCCCCUCUAACUGUAUGGCUUAACUUUUCAUUAUUUGAAAGACUAAUGAGUCUUGUGAAGUCAAUAGAGAUAAUACAUAGAUUUAGCCAGGGCUAAAAGCGAAGCUCCCAUUAAUAAAUUAUAAAUCAAACAAUAAACUUGUAAUCCACAAAUCAGUUAACUUAAGGGCACAUUCAUGUGACUUUUGAGGGAAAGGAUAAGUUAUUUUAGAGUGAAACAUCUUACAUCGAGUUGCACUAAAUAUAUGUACACCCAAAAAAUAGCAAACAUCUUCUAUCACAUUCAAUAGCCAUAAUUGCUCUUGAUCACAGUAGAUUAGGCCUCGAAAACAAAUUCUUGGAAAACAAAUCAGGCCGCUUUUUUUUGGCGUUCGACAGGUUUACUUUACAAAUUCUUGCCAACAAAUCUGAGGGUGUGUAAACCAACCUUUUAUACUUUUUUUACAUCACAUCUGAGGUGAAACAGUACUUUUUAUCAUACAGAACUCGGACAGAAUACGGCAUUCCACAAUUUUUCAAUGUUCCGGAUGAUCAAUCGUGGGCUUUUAGCGAAACCGUUCAAAAAAUUUCCAAAAUCACCCAUACGGCCAGCGGGUUCUCAUUUUUAGUGCGAGCUGUCAUUGUGGUCGAGUGUUUGAAUGAACUUUAAUGGAGAUACGCUUCAACAUAAUAACGAAUUUAUUAUCAUUAUUAAUGGUUCCAGUUAUAACAAUAUGUAAUCUUAUAAAGCGUUCGAUACGCGCGAUAUUUCUAAGUACUCCUGCGAGCGAUGUUCAUGAACGAUGAAAACAAACACCACGGACAAGCGAUUAAAAUUGCAAGAGAGACUACUAACAAUCAAUAAAGGAAAUAUAAUUCGGUAAAACAUUUACAGAGACAACAAUUUUCAAUCACGAAGACAAGUAUUAAAGUGUCUCUAAAAAUCCUGAGUCUUUAAGCUUAAAGCUUAAGCUUAAGUUUAUUUUGUUUUACUUUCAGCCAGCCUCCCUGUGUUUGUUUUUUUUUUCAAAAAUGAACUCCUCGAAGCAAGAAAAUCACUCAAAGUUUUCUUUCCACAGCCAAAUUGAUAACUAAAUAUUCUUCGGAACGUUUUUUUUUCUAUUUGCCGUGAGAAAAUAUAUCUGAAGGCCUUUUAUAGUUCUGUAAGCUUAUAUAAAACCUGAUACUAGAUCAGAUCAUUGACUCAAAUCUUAACAAACGUGCAAAAAUUUGCCGCAUAAACUGUGCUUGACUUCAUGAAAUUAGAUAUAACAAAAACAAACAUCAAAUACAGUAAUUACUCAGGCUUACCAUUCGAGAUUCAGUUCCUGAAAGAUAUCAAGGAAGGCCAUAGUUGCUUGAGACUUUUAAACCCUAUUACGCAUUGAGCAAGGUGAAAGACGAAAACAAUGCCAUCCGAAAACGGAUUACCCAAUUUUGACAAGCGACGCAUUUCUCAACCAAAAACCCAAUAAACAAACCAGCCAUGGAUAACAGAAGACUCUUGAUAGCAGCUGUAUUUCAUUUUGUACAUCCAGUGGAAAAAGACAGUUAAAAACAUCACAAGUUGACACAAAACUCUGUCAGCUUUAGCUGUCAAAGUAAACAACUUUCAAGAUGCCGCAUAAAUUUUCCGCAUGAACUCACCUGUCAAAUUUUGACCAAUCAGAGUACAAAAAUAGGACGUAGAGCGUGACCAACGCGUGACCAUGGUAAGAAAAGGUCUUUCCUGCCUUUUUUUUUAAAAAAAAGUGGCUGAAUUUUCGCGUUCGAGGUCAGUUUGAAAUCCAAAUCUUGACAAGGCGGGGCCAUAGUGACACAACAACAUAAUUAUUUCAUAUGAAUCAUUGGAAAAAAUAGACUUGAGCCUGCGAUCAUUUGAAACUGGUAAUUUGUCAGCGGAUAACUUCAAAAAAGUACUCGACCUCGAUGGGUCGACGCUUGAGCCCGCGGUACGGUCAGGUGAUACUGGUCAGCGGAUAUCCUGUUUUGACAGCUGUCAAUUGAUCACAACAUUGAUGUGCAAUUAGUUUUCUAUCGGGCUCCCAAACUAGCUAGAAAGUGUGAGAGUAAACAUUGGUGUGCCUGUGGUGCGGACGGACGGUCGUACGGUCACGUGAUUACCAAAUUUUCUCGGAUGGGUAGAUUACCACAUUUCCUUAGCUAUGGGGCUCCGUCCACGCGCGCGCUUCGCAGUAAAUUAAAAUUAAAUUAAAAUUCAUAUUUGGCUGAGAGGCUUAGGGGCAUAAAACAGCGGAAAUCAUCUUGAGCCGCCAGCAAUGAAUAAUACAUUUCUUUUGUUUCAAUCCUCCAAGCCUCAGAACCAGGUAUGAAUUUUAAUGGAGAGAACAGACUUCAGAGAAGAUCUAAAAUUAUCUUAAGAGGGAUUACGAUGGGUAUAGGGCCUAUAUGGGGGAUUAAUUCUGUUAGCCCCUUUAUCCUCUCUUGUUUUAAAAUAUCAAAUAUUGUCUUUUAUAAAAGCCUUUCUUUUGGACUUAUUACCUAUAAUAUCACGUUUUUGACAGGUAAUAUUUGAAGGCGUAGUGGGCAGCAGUUACACCGGUGACAUAGCAAUUGACGACUUCUCUUUGAAAGCAGGGUCAUGUUUUUAUGGUGAGUACUGA